UUCCUUCCUGUAUUUGCCUUGCUUAGGCCUCUCUACGCUUUUAUACACAGAAAAACACUGUGUAUUAACUGGCGCGUUAUUAUUAGUUAUUUGCCUUUGCUUGUGUGUAUAUCAAUAAAUAUAUAUAUUCUAGUGCCCUUUUUGGGGUAAACAAUAGGAUUAUUGAAAACCAAGUUAGUAUUGUAGUAGAUCUAAAUCUAGAUCUAGACUAGUAUAUAUAGAUAAUCUAUAUAAUAUGUUGUCAUUGUUGAAAUUGAAUGUCAUAGAAUCUUAUUUUACGAUCCAGAUCCAACAAAUGUUAAGAUAGAUUCUAGAUCUAGUCUAGAUCUUAGAUCUAGAUUUCUAGAUGACGUAGAUCUACGUAGUGUUGUCUGGUCAAGAUUUUGUGUUGUAGACUUCUAGUAGGGAGUGGAGACUACUCAACUCCACUCUACGACUACAGACUACUGACAACUUUACAAGAAGUGGAGUUGAUACAGGACAAGUGCAAGAAUCUAUUCGACAUUGGCACCUUGUUUUGAGACUGCUUUUAACGCCAACCAAGUUUAGUGAGAAGCUACUAAAAUAUUGACUAUUGAGAUCUCUGGCUUUGAACCUGCUGUCCAAUGGCUGAGGGCGAGCAGCAGUUCACCCUCUACGAUGCCACAUCCCACCAGCCCAUGACAGUGACUGUCAACAACACAGAGGAUGCUCAAGCAGUACAGAGCAUUCAGUACAUUACCACUGAUGGUGUUCCUGUGACACAGCUUGGGGCCAAUGAUGUCAUCCAGGUGGCCCAGGGAGAUGGAACAUUUCAACAAGCUGCUGCUGGGUUUCAGACUCUGAACGCCACUGCCCAGCCCCAAGUUAUCACAAACACAUCUUUUGCUUCCAACUCACAGGUUGGCACCAUAAUCCCUCAGAACAACGUACUCCAGAGCGUGGUACAGCAGGCGGCUACCCCAGCUGCUCAACAGCAAACAACUUCUGCGGCCAGCACAUCCACGCCAGUGAGUGCCGUGGCCACUGCCGGCAUCCCGCAGAUGUUGUUUCUCAACCAGGUCACCAUCAACGGCCAGACCUCUUUUGUACUGGUGGAUGCCAACAACAAACCAGUUCAGUUGCCUCAAGGUAUUCAAGUCAUAAACCUCCCAACGCCACAGAUUUCUGGACAGCCAAUUCAGAUGCAGCCGAGUGGAGAUACAGGAGAUGAACCUCUGUAUGUGAAUGCUAAACAAUACCACAGGAUUCUGAAACGAAGGCAAGCGCGAGCCAAACUGGAGUUGGAAGGGAAAAUUCCAAAAGAAAGACAGAAAUACUUGUAUGAAUCCAGACAUCGACAUGCACUGAAUCGAGCUCGUGGCUCUGGGGGAAUCUUCGUAGGCCAAGAAAUGAAAAACGUCGAUCAGCAGAACCUGCAAGCUGCCAAGGAAGAGAAUGCAUUAAUGUUACAACAUUUUAAGCCCUAGAGAGUGGAAUGAGUGACUUGUCUGCUGCAUAAUGUUCACUGUAUGGAUGUGACAUAUUUGAAGGUGACGUUUAAGAGAGAAGGAAAGGAAGUGGUUACCAAAACUGUGACGAGGUUUCAAGUAAAGUGAGUUGGCUCGCUAAGGUGUGUGAGCCUUGAACAAUUCCUCUCUGUGCCGUGAAUCCUUCUCCAGUUGUGUCCCAAGUUUUACCCAGUUUCUUGGUGUCUGCCUCCACCUUUCUCCACUGCGUUCUUCAUGGUUUUCCUUCGUGAUUCAACUCAAUCAGGAUGAUAUUUUUGUUUCUUUUUACAUUACGUACUACAGUCUCAGUCUGGUGCCAGUGGCGACUUUACUCACUCGUUAUAUGCUCAAAUGUUCCAGCCUUGUGUGGAAAAGCAUAAGUUCAGACUAUUUGCUUUCUGUGCGUACUGUAAGCUGGAAGGAGUACUGUACACUGUCUUUGUUUACUGUAAGCUGUAAGAAGUAGUGUUACCCUCUGGGGCGGUACUACUGACUGAAGCGUCUUUAGGCCAUUCCCAAAGGGGGGACAUUAACCCUUUCACCCUCAGAGCUAUCCCUGCCCAACAAGGCUGAAAUUCUGGCAAAAGGGACCUAACUCCGCUUAGACUGCAUGACUAUAUUAUUUUUAAAAAUCAUUAAAAAUCAGAGGAUGAGUCUAAAAUUACAGUUUAGGUGUCAGAGCACAGAUAAAUGAAUAAACUACAAGAAAAUGUAUGGUUUUGUACGAAAAAUCAUUGUGUAUUAGGUAAAAAAAAAUUCUGAAGUGAAAAAAAAAAA